AUGUUGAAAACCGAACCCAUCCCCGCCGCGUUGCCCGUUGGUCCCGUACCAACGGAGCCAUCUCCAACAACUCCUAUUGACCCCAACCCCAGGUUCAGCAAUCAUAUUAUCUUAACUACUUACCCAGGCCAGAGCGGUAUUGAGCCCGUCCCCCUGGAGUGGGGCGCUCCCGACGCCAAAUCCCGGGGUCCGGUAGUUGUUUCACGCAGUGGGAACCUUGUUAAGCGCCGCAACGCCAUCGGUGCCCACGGUGGCAGUUACAGCAUCUAUAAUGCCCUUGCCAUUGCCGCUGGUGAUUUGGAUGCGGAUUUCCGACCGGACUUCCAGCUAGAGGCUGGCUGGGAUAUUCGCCCGACUAUGGCAGUCACUCGAGCUAACAUGAAACUCGCCGAGAUUGCUGAUGAUGUGAAGAAUGGCCUGCUCGAGGUGGACGGGUCUAUCCUUGUUGAUUCAUCUGGCGAGGUUCGUGUCACCAAGGUCGCAGCUGAACCCGUUUGGUAUCUUCCUGGUGUAGCAGAACGAUUUGGGGUUGACGAAGGCACCCUUCGUCGGACUUUGUUCGAGCAUACCGGUGGGAGCUACCCCGAGCUUAUCACUCGACCUGAUCUGAAAACCUUCUUGCCACCUAUCGGAGGUCUUACGGUGUACAUCUUCGGUCCCCCGGAACGCAUCUCGGACGAGAAUGUUAAGCUCGCUCUGCGCGUUCACGAUGAGUGCAAUGGUAGUGAUGUCUUCCAGUCAGAUAUCUGUACCUGCCGACCGUACUUGGCGUUCGGUAUUCGCGAAGCCAUUCGCGAGGCACAGAACGGCGGCAGUGGUGUGGUCAUCUAUUUCCGCAAGGAAGGUCGAGCCCUCGGAGAAGUGAUUAAGUAUCUAGUUUACAAUGCCCGCAAGCGUGGAGGCGACACCGCCGAUAAGUACUUCACUCGGACAGAGAAUAUUGCCGGCGUCCGCGAUAUGCGAUUCCAAGCUCUUAUGCCCGACAUUCUGCACUGGCUCGGCAUCACCAAAAUCGAUCGCAUGCUGUCAAUGUCGAACAUGAAACACGAUGCCAUUGUGGACUCUGGCAUCAAGAUUGUCGAGCGUAUCCCUAUCCCCGACGAGAUGAUUCCUAGCGAUUCAAGAGUCGAGAUCGAUGCUAAGAUUCAAUCGGGAUACUUCACCACUGGCAAGCAACUGACUGAUGAAGAAUUGGCUCAAGUCCGUGGGCGCGGCUGGGAGAAAUGGGAAGACAUCUCGCACUAA